AUGGCCACCUCGGCGGUCGUGCCCCGCCUCGCGGGCGAGGCCUUGCGGCCCAACGUCCUAGCCUCCGCAAAUGGACUCUCAUCCUCGCGGGUAGCCGUUACGCGCCGCUGGCGGGGCCGCGGCGUCCGGUGCUGCACGGCUGGUAGCUCCGGCGGGGGCGCCAGCGCCGGCGCCGUGGUCCCCGGGGAGGAGUUUGUGGGGUUCUUCCGGGAGGCGUGGCCGUACAUCCGGGGCCACCGUGGGAGCACCUUCGUGGUCGUCAUCUCCAGCGAGGUCGUGUCCGGGCCGCACUUCGACCGCGUUCUGCAGGACAUAUCACUUCUUCAUGGUCUGGGGAUUAAAUUUGUUCUUGUUCCAGGAACACAUGUUCAAAUUGAUAAGCUGUUGUCAGAAAGAGGGAAGAAGGCCAAGUAUGUUGGUCAGUACAGAAUUACUGAUAAAGAUGCGAAAGAUGCUGCAAUGGAUGCAGCUGGUAGGAUACGGUUGACGAUAGAAGCUAAACUUUCUCCUGGUCCUCCAAUGUUAAAUCUCCGUAGGCAUGGUGUUAUUGGACGUUGGCAUGGUCUUGUGGAUAACAUUGCAAGUGGCAACUUCCUUGGUGCUAAGAGAAGAGGAGUGGUUAAUGGUAUUGACUAUGGAUUCACUGGUGAAGUUACGAAAAUAGACGUUUCACAGAUAAGAGAAAGGCUUGAUAGUAAUAGCAUAGUUGUUGUCAGCAACAUGGGAUACUCUUCAUCAGGAGAAGUGUUAAAUUGCAACACCUACGAGGUUGCUACUGCAUGUGCUUUAGCCAUGGAGGCAGAUAAACUUAUCUGCAUUGUAGAUGGUCAGAUAUUUGAUGAGCAUGGACGAGUCAUUCAUUUCAUGUCUAUUGAGGAGGCAGAUUUGUUGAUUAGAAAGCGUGCUAAGCAAAGUGAUAUCGCUGCAAGUUAUGUCAAGGUUGUGGACGAGGAAGGCAUCAAUUCUCUGCAUAAAGGGGACAACGGACCAUCAUUGAGUGCCAAGGCUCAUAUUAUAAAUGGGUAUGCUGCUUCUUUUCAAAAUGGAUUAGGUUUUAACAAUGGAAACAGUAUUUAUUCUGGUGAGCAAGGGUUUGCUAUUGGUGGUGAAGAACGGUUAAGCAGAUCAAAUGCUGCUUCUUUUCAAAACGGAUUGGGUUUUAACAAUGGAAACGGUUUUUAUUCUGGUGAGCAAGGGUUUGCUAUUGGUGGUGAAGAGCAGUUAAGCAGAUCAAAUGGCUAUCUUUCUGAGUUGGCUGCGGCAGCAUAUGUGUGCCAUGGUGGCGUUCAAAGAGUUCAUAUUAUAGAUGGAUCUGUAGAUGGAUCACUGCUAUUAGAAUUGUUUACGAGAGAUGGAGCAGGAACAAUGAUAGCUAGGGAUGUUUAUGAAGGAACAAGGAUGGCUACAGCGGAAGAUCUUCCUGGCAUAAGAAAAAUUAUUCGGCCACUGGAGGAUUCUGGCGUUUUGGUGCGGAGAACAGAUGCAGAGCUUCUUGAAGCGUUAGAAUCAUUCUAUGUUGUUGAAAGAGAUGGUUCAAUCAUCGCUUGUGCUGCUCUAUUUCCAUUUCCCGAGGAAAAAUCUGGUGAAGUUGCUGCAAUUGCUGUAUCUGAAGAAUGUCGAGGAAGAGGUCAGGGGGACAAGUUACUUGAUUAUGUCGAGAAGGUGGCAUUAUCCCUUGGUCUCGAGAAAUUAUUCUUGCUUACUACACGAACUGCAGACUGGUUUGUGCGGCGUGGCUUUUCAGAGUGCUCAAUUGAAUCUAUCCCCGAGCAGAGGAGAAAACGUAUCAAUUUAUCCCGUGGAUCCAAGUAUUAUAUAAAACAGCUGCAACCAAAGCCUGCUGGGGUUAACGCCAACAAUUUUGUCAUCAGAUGA